UGGGUGCCAGAGCGGAGCCCCGAAAUGUCCCUUCGGCCCUUCUGCCCUCUCGGCCAGGACCUCUAUUGAUUCUCUUCGUAGCUUCCCCUCUCGCCCUCUCUUCCCCUCCCUAUGCUUCAUCUGCGACAGCGUCAACACUAAUCAAAUCACGCAUUCAAAAAAGUGUCCGCUUUCUUGGUUUUGGCCAACUCAAAGACCGUCAUUGAAUUCAGACUCGCUUUUCUCCGAAUUCGAAUUUUUAUUAUACCCCGUCUUUUUGCUUGUUUUUGAUUCUUUUGUAAGGUUAAGAGGGCUAGGGUUUUCUUUCAUAUUCUCUGAUCCUUUCUGGACGUGGGCAUUCAGCGUCUCGGUAAUUUUGCGUUUGCCUGCUGCGUUCGGUUUCUUGGUGCUGUGAAAUUAGGGUUUAGGAUUAGUGUUGGUUUUUUCUUCAUUUCGAAUUAGCAGUUGAAGAUGUAUGCUGAUCGGGUGGAGACUGGAGCGAGGAGGUCAGUAAAGGAACGUCUUAAUGGCAAUUUUGUCAGUGACUCUGCCCGCCCGCGCCAAAUCACCGGGAAGAGGCAGAGACAAGAAGACAAAUGGGAGCAUGAUCUUUUUGAGGAUGAUGAACCUCGAGUUUCUAAACGCCAGCUCGGUGCUCCUGAUCUUCGCCUGAAGCUUCAGAAAAGGGGGCUUCAACCAGCUGCUCAGAGUGGAAAGAAUUCUGCUACAGGUAUGCGUGAUCUACGUGAAAAGUUAUCAGGGACAAUGACUCAACAGCCUAAAAACUCAGAUCCACCAAAGUCAAAAGUGGAAGCUGUUAAACCAAGCAGUAAAAGUGUCAUUGCUGAGGCUCCUGCGAAAAGAGCAACUAACCCAGCUUCCAAAAAGAAGACAUCACAAAAGGCUGGUACUUCAGUGGAUGAAUUCUUGCAUUCCCUGGGUCUUGGGAAGUAUCUCAUAACUUUUCAAGCUGAAGAAGUUGAUAUGACAGCUCUCAUGCACAUGACUGAUGAUGAUCUCAAGGCUAUGGGUAUACCAAUGGGGCCAAGGAAGAAGAUACUUUUAGCUUUAGAGUCAAAGGGUUGACAAUUGGAAACAGUUAUAUUUUACUUCGUUUGGUAGUGUAAUAUUGUUACAGAUAUAGCUUAUGUUCUAGGCUUAUGUUUAUACUUCAUUAACCUUGUUUCUAACCGCCCUUUCUUUUGGCUUUUCUUUUUAUGCUUUUAUAGCCCCCUUUUUUUCAUCCUCUUCCCUCUACCUCCGCAAGUUUCAUUGAUUGUUAGUGGCAGAAUCAUGCAAUUGAAUAUUGAUAUUAGAUAACUUAAAAUCUGAUAUAAUGGAAUCUAUUAUAGCUCCCUA